AGGAACGUGAGUCACUCACCCCAGGCCAUUUCUCAUUUCAUUAUCACCAACAAAGUCGGACAGCUAAGGCCGUGUUUGUUUAUUGUGAUUGUGAAGUCACAAACCCUUUUUUUUCUUGCUUCACCACUCCAACGCUACUCUCACUAUCCCACUCUCUCAGGCGUUAGAAGAAGCAAUUGUAACCGAAUCGCAACUUUCACUUAUUGAAUUUCUAUUUUUUUUGGGUACAUUAAUUAGAACUUAUGAGUUUGGAUACUGUGAGAAUGGCAACGUCUUUUGCACCUUUGAGUUCUAGAAAUUCAGCAGGAGUGUUGGCGGUUAAUGGUGGAAGAAAAUUGUUACAGAAUCAUCACAUUCACAUUAGCAAACCCUGUUUUUUCAAAUUUCAAGAAAACAAGUGUAGAUUUUCGAGCGGUAACAGGUUUCAAAUGAAGUCGAUACCGAAUUCGCACAGUAUCAAUCACUAUCAUCAUAGCAAAGACCCUUUUUUAGAUCUUCAUCCCGAAGUUUCAAUGCUUAGAGGUGAAGGAAGUAAUCCUACUAGACAGAGAAAGGAUGCGUUCGGUGGAGAUGUGGCAGAAAGCUUAGAAGAUAUUUCUAUUCCGAGUAAUUACAAUGAAGCGAAGAUUAAAGUUAUUGGUGUUGGUGGUGGUGGAUCGAAUGCGGUGAACCGUAUGAUUGAGAGUUCCAUUAACGGUGUGGAGUUUUGGAUUGUUAAUACUGAUGUUCAGGCUAUGAGAAUGUCGCCUGUCAAUUCUGAGAACCAAUUGCCAAUUGGUCAGGAGCUUACACGGGGUCUUGGUGCUGGUGGUAAUCCGGAGAUUGGUAUGAAUGCUGCCAAAGAAAGCACAGAAUCAAUACAAGAGGCGGUUUAUGGAGCUGACAUGGUCUUUGUUACUGCUGGAAUGGGUGGAGGAACUGGCACCGGUGCAGCUCCAGUUAUUGCUGGUAUCACAAAGUCAAUGGGUAUUCUAACUGUUGGUAUUGUCACAACCCCUUUCUCAUUUGAAGGACGGAGAAGGGCAGUUCAAGCACAAGAAGGAAUUGCAGCCUUAAGAGAUAAUGUUGAUACCCUGAUAGUUAUUCCAAAUGACAAGUUGCUGACUGCAGUUUCUCAGUUAACCCCUGCAACUGAAGCAUUCAAUUUUGCUGAUGAUAUUCUUCGACAAGGUGUUCGUGGCAUUUCUGAUAUUAUUACGAUACCUGGAUUGGUGAAUGUCGACUUUGCCGAUGUUAGAGCUAUAAUGGCCAAUGCAGGUUCUUCACUUAUGGGGAUAGGAACUGCAACUGGGAAAACACGGGCCAGAGAUGCUGCAUUAAAUGCUAUCCAGUCGCCCUUACUAGAUAUUGGUAUUGAGAGGGCCACUGGAAUUGUAUGGAAUAUAACUGGUGGAAGUGAUCUGACAUUGUUUGAGGUAAAUGCUGCAGCAGAAGUUAUAUAUGAUCUUGUGGACCCUACGGCUAAUUUAAUAUUUGGAGCAGUAAUAGAUCCAUCGCUCAGUGGUCAAGUGAGCAUAACAUUGAUUGCUACGGGAUUCAAGCGUCAAGAUGAAAGUGGAGGGGGACCCGGGCAGGCCAGUCAACGAGCUUCCACUUCCACUGAUGGCGGUUUGGUUGUGAUCCCAGAAUUCUUAAAGAAGAAAUGGCGCUCAGGCCCAAGAGCUUAAUACUCUUUUCCCAACUUCUUUAUUUCCUUGCAUUUCUUUACCACUGCAUCAAUUUUAGGGAUAGAGAUAACAUUGGUCUAGUUAUUAGAUCCUGUUUUUGCCCUUUGUAGCAAUUUUAGGUCUAUAUUAUCCGAAAGGUUGUAGCGAAAGUUCAGUACUUUCCAAACUUGUGUGUUUGAGGCUUGUUGACAUGUGAACAAGCAAGUUAGCUUAUAUUUUUGUACAGAGAAUAUACCAGUAAUGGCCAGGUUUGUUAUAGAUGUUUGUCAUAUUCUUCAAGUAAGCUACUGGUUUUAAAGUAAAUAAGAAUCCGUAAACAUUUCUUUCU